AUGGGGGCAGGUAGUAGUGCAGCGGGUGGGAACCGCGGCGCCGAUGCUGUGAAGGCGCUGCCGGCCGGGCCGCGCAAGCUGCGGGUGGUGAGCCACACGAAGAAGGCGCUGCCCGCUUCGUUCGGUAGCGUUGUGGUGCCGUCGCUGAUCCCUGCCGUGCUGCCGCCCCCGCCGGUGGAAAAUUCGGGGUCUUACGCGUGGUUCGUAGAGGACCUCGACCACCCCGGUGAGUGGGAAGCGUACGAUAGGGACGCCUGCUGCCGCCUCGACGCGGCGCUGCAGAGCGGUAAGGAUGAGUGCUUCGUCGUGGUGAAGAAGCGCGCGUGCACGGUAGACCUGAACGCAAUGCAGCAGCGCGGCACCGGCGGUAUGGCCCGACCGCGGAGCGUAAAGCGGGUGGCGGUGGAGGCAGACGGCGUGGUGAUGCGGGAGAAGCGCUACGUCCCGGUGGACCCCUUCACCGACGAGGUGAUUGGCUCGGCGUUAGGCGACGAUGGGGCGAAGAGAGACGUUGGUGGUGAGAGUCGCGACGGCGGCAGGCGAGUCGACGGGCCGAUGUUCCCACGGCUGCUGCGCUCCGUCACGGCACACGCGCAACCGCCGUACGUGGUGUCAUUUGCCCCCGACGGCAGUACGUUGCUGACGGGCUCGCGGAGUGAGCUGCUCCACUGGGACGUGAAGAGGGCGCAGGUCGUAACAGACUUCUCUGUGCACAGUGGUUUGGUGCUGACGGCGACGUACUCGCCCAACGGCAGCCGCGUUGUGUACGGCGGCGAUGACAGCAACAUUAGGCUGUAUGAUACCACCGCGCCUGACAUGCGGGCAGAGUUCACAGGGCACGCACGCAAGGUGUAUGGCGUCGCCUUUCUUGCGUGUGAGGGGCGUUUCGCGUCGAUCUCGAUGGACCGGACGCUGCGCUGCUGGGACGUGGAGACAAGUGACUGUGUCUGCACGUCGGAAUGCCACAUUGCGCCCGUCUUCGCGCUGGAGGCGUCGCGGCAGAGCGACUGGCUCGUCAUCACGGCGGGCGACGAUAACACCGCCUGCAUGCAUGACCUGCGCCUUGCCAGUGGCGCCACCGUGACGGCGCGUUUUCUCGGCCACACCAACACGAUCUGGUCAUGCUCUCUCCGCGGGGACGAGACACAAUUCGUGACGGCCGGUAUCGACACAGCUCUGCUCGUGUGGGACGUGCGGCGCCCAACGGAGCCGCUGCUGAAGGUUUUCCAUCACUUGAAGCCAGUGCACUGUGUGCAGUACAUGCCGUACAACCGCGGCAUCUUGUCAUGUGCACGAGACUCGUCGAUGCGUCUCACCGAUGCGUUGAGCGGUGGACCGGUGUGGCGUGCGAAUGCGCAUGUGGGAAAUGUGUUCCGGGUGUGCUACCACGCAGGGGCGGGCAUGAUCGUGACGAGCGGCGCCGACAAGAACGUCAAUCUCUGGCAGUACAGCAAUGGCGACAUGUGGUAA